GCCUGCAGCCAUGGCAACGCCACCGGCCUUGCGGAACUGUCUGAGCCCUUCCCCGGAGCCAGCCGGAGAGGUGAUGAGCACCCAGCCAGACACCGCUGGCAAUCUCUCCGUGGAGACCUUUCAAAGACUCGGCCCCCUCGCCGUCAGGUUAACUCCGUCGGUGCUCUUGGCCAACACGGACGGGCAAACCCUCGAGCAGGUGCUCCCCACACUCUCAGCCGCAGGGGGCUGGGGCCCAGCGCAGGCCUCCAUCAUCCUGAAAAAAGUCCUGCGGAAUGGAUACCAGCUCAACGAAGCCAGCAGUGUUUUGACCCUGGGGACGCUAGCGCUCGGCCUUCCCGCCAACGGGCUGGACAAACUGGACCCCAAAGACAUCCUCCUCCUGGCUGCAGAUCAGAACUUCACCCAGAGCAUGGAACAGGCCCUGGUGCCGGUGAAACACAAGUUUGUGCAACGGAUCUUACAAAGCACCCCUGGAAACACCCUCCUCAAUAUCCCAGAUCAACUGGCGGAUCAGAUCCCUCUGUCUAGGCUGGCCUCUCCCCUGAUCAGUACCCAGGAAAUCAACCAGAAGAAAUGGACACCCACUCAGGCCAGCGUGUUCUUCCAGGCCAUACUGAAGUCCACACAGCAAUAUUCCAGCUUAUCAUCCUCUGUCCUACAAGGAUUCAGCUGUGGAGCAGCAAACUUUUUAAACAGCAGUCCGUUUGCUAGCCUGGCAAAAGCCAUGAAGGACAAACAGAUCCGACUGGAAGAUAAUCAGCUAAGCUGCAUGACAAAAAGACUGACGGGACAGAUAACCCCAUCUGAUUUUGAAGACUAUCCACCCGAGGUUCUUUUUUACAUGGGGCCAGACAAAUUUUCAGACCCAGUGAACUGCCAGAAAUAUUUUCACCUCGUGGGACAAGCCCACGUUGACCUUUUGCCAAGAGUGUCUUCCAAAAGACGGUUGCUGCUGGAGAGGGCUAAGGCCUGCCUGGGAACACCUACCUUGUCGUUUUCAAAGGAAAACCUGCUAAUGUUAGGCAACCUUUGUUGUGCCCUCAAUGGCUCAGACAUUGUGAAAUCGGACCCGUCUGUCCUAACGAGAUUGCAAAGCUGCAGGUCGUUCACUGAAGACCAACCGGCAGCCAUAGAGCAGCAGCUAGAGAACAAAUAUGGAUCACCUUCAACGUGGACAGUCAGCACCCUGACAGACAUGGGCCUGAUGGCCAGUACCCUGAGGAGUGGAACCCUUCAAAGGAUCCCAGAGAGAGAGAAGAUGCUGUUUUUCCCUGAUUUCUUGAGCCAGUUGAAGACCUGGAAUAGGGACCAGUUCACCUAUAUCCUGGAUCAGCUUGCAAAGCCUCAGCGGCAAAAACGAGCUGCAACGGGCUGCACAAGAACUCCGUUGACCACAGAAAUGGUGGUGAAGCAGAGAGACCUUUUAGUUUCCACCUACACCUCCAGCAGCGAUCUGGAUGCUUGCCUCCCUGACGACGUGCUGAGCACCAAUCUGGAAACUUUGGGGAAGCUGGAAUUUCAGGACCCUCUCCUUCAAGUGCUAAAGCUGAAACUGGACAAGAUCUUUGGCACACCGCCCGAAGACUAUCUUCCACUCUUGGGAAACAUAGCCAGGAUGUAUACCCCCACUGAAAUUGCUAACUGGAAUAUCACUGCAGCCGAGACCUUAGCAGCCCUAUUGGCAGGAACAUCAUGGCAAAAGGAUCUCCCAAAGGUGAAGGCUCUAGUCACUCGGCAUCUAGAAGCCAAUGGUCAUCAGUUAGACGGAGCCGUGCUCACAAUACUCGCUCCACACAUCUGUGCCAUGGAAGAUGCUCAGAUCCGAGCCCUCCGCAGCGAGGCCAUCAGAGAGACCAGUAGGCCCCUGAACACCUCGCUGUGUUCUCAGCAGCAGAAGAAUCUCCUCUAUGGCCAGCUGAGAGCUGCUUACGAGGAGAACCAGAACGCUCCAGACGCCUACUACCGGCUGCUGAGGCCUGUCAUUGGCGGAGCCCCAGCCACGGACCUGAUCAGAUUUGCUUCUGGUUAUCCUGUCAUGGACGUUGACACAUUUACAGCCCUGAAUCCCGAGGCAGCGAAGAAAUUAAGCACUCAGAAUCUGAAAGAUUUGCUGGGAGCUAAUCUCCCAGAGCUGAACAAUUUAGCUGAUGACCCCGUGGUGAAAGCUUGGGCCCAGGCACACCGUCAGUCAGAAGUGAAUUCUUUAGGACUCCAUCUUGUAGCAGGACUCCCAGACCAGCCACCUAAUGGUAUUAUAAACAUUCCAGGAGCAACUCACAUACCCGGAAGAGCAACGACCUAUGCGAAAAACCAGAUGUUCCAGCUUUUCUAUUGCGUGCUUUUCUCCUGGGUGUUAACUGCUUUCUAAUAGGCUGUAUGGCUUUUGGACAAGUAUUAAAUAAUAAUAAUAUUCUGGGAGGCGGGAUUCCCAUAUUUAUCAUGGCAUGGUUACAUUUAAUUUAGGCAGGUCCUUGUAUUCUUAACUGAACAAAAUGUCAAAAAGUAGAACAUUUAAUGGCAGUUUGGCAGCACAUUGUUCAUUACUCUACAUCAGCGGUUUUCCAGCUGUGGGUUGUGACUCCACAUUAGGUCAUGAUCCUGCAGUUAAUGGGGUCUCCAGGCCUGGCUUAGAUUUGUUGGAGCACAAGCCACACCACCUGGAGCCUGGGGGCUUCAGUCUUGAGAAUCUGUGUUCAGGCGACAGGGUUCCUGCCUGGGGUUGAAGUCUGGGCUUUGACUUUGGUCCCUCUGUCCUCCAUCCUGGGGCUCUGGUAGCUUCUGGGUUUGGUUCCCCCCUCCUGGGGACAUGUAGUAAUUUUUGUUGUCAGAAGGGGAUCACAGUACCAUGAAGUCUGAGAAGUUCUACCCUACAAUCCUCACAAUCGUACUGCCGGUGGUAAGGUGCUUAAAUAAAUGCAAAACGUAUGGCUGAUCCUGCAAACUUCAUCAAGACUUUGACAGUGGUAAGCACUACUCAUAACAGUGUUUUCAGAAUCAGGCCCUACAUAAUGAUAAUUAAGUGUUGUUAUUCUUCACAUGCUAAUGACAAUAAUAAAUGUCAC